CUCCCCUAAAAAUAAGAUAAAAAAAAACCCACACACAUAUCCAUCUGAAAUGACCUCCAUCAUCACUCCAAGCUUAAACCAAUCACCACCCAUGAAAACCAUUCACCACCACCCAACACACUCACCAUUCCAACCCAUUCACACACUUCUUGGCUUACCUUCAUCCCCAUCUCUCAAAUUCAAGUGCUUUAGCAGCAGCAAUAUCAAUAAUGAUAAUAAUAUUAGUAACAAAAAACAAGAAGGUGGGCUGAAAGAGGUAGUGUAUGGAAUGGUGGGUGAACAAGUAGAGAGCUUGUUGAAGAAAGAAGAGAACAAGGGGUUGCUUGAUGGGCUGGAGAAAGCUGCUGAGAGAGUUGAGAUUGCAAGAAUGGAGCUUGCUGAGAUUGAGAAACAAGAAGCUGAGGCCAAGAGAGUUCAAGAGUAUGUUAAACAGCUUGAAGCUAGAGCUUCUGAGAUUGAAGAAUGUCAGAGAGAAAUAUUAGAAGCAAGUCAAUUAGUGAAAGAGGCAGAGCGUUCUUUAGCUGUUGGCACAGAUGCCCUCACGGAGGAUGAAAUUAAAGCAAUCAGAAAAAAUAAGGAGCGAUUGGAGUCUAUAAAAGCUGCUAUUGUUGCAGCUGUAAUUGGGACGUUAGCGGGGCUGCCUUUCUCCUUGGCUCAAGUGACCAACAUUUCUGAGCUGAUAAUCCCUUUAGGAAUCACCUUUGCCAGUUGUGCAUUAUAUGGUAUAACCUAUAGAUACGUAAUAAGAAGGGAUUUGGAAGAUCUCCAUCUGAAGACAGGGGCGGCUGCUGCAUUUGGCAUUGUUAAAGGCCUAGCUGCUCUUGAAGGCGGACCUCUUCUGGAGUUUAAUGCUGAGAGUUUUCUGUCACAUGCUUAUGACGGUGGAAUAUCUGUGUCUGAGAAUCUUUUGAUAUUUCUUUUUGCUACAGUUGGUCUGGAUUUCUGUAUGAAAUUGCGGAUUAUAAGCCCAUUUCCUAUUGAAAGUUCAGAGUAAAAAAUGGUCAUCUUUUAAAGACA